AUGAGUCACAAGGCAAAGCGACCGGCGACGAUCCAUGUCUCAUCGGAGGACAUUCUUGGCCACACACUCUCCGCCCUCGAUGCGAUCAUCAACGAUGCCCAACAACAAGAAAAAGAAAAAGGGAAAGAAGAUCAGGUGGAGGAAAGAACAGAGAAUGUAGGCGAAAAACGUCAGCGUGGAAAUGUCUUUGCGGCCAUGGCCGAGCCGCAUCUCCACACUCUGCAAAGACUAGUUCUCAUGUAUGGACCGCAACUCACACCCGCGCUGGAUGCCAUUCUGCGGCGUGUGUUGCUGGCGAUCGCCUCUCCGGCGGUGGCGAGUUGUGCCUGUUGGGAGUUGGCGGCGGUGAUCGGCACUUAUUUUAAGGCCGGGGCCCUGCGGCUGCUGGAGGAGUUGAUGGAGUUGAUGAUGCCGGAGAAGUCGAGGUUUCUCUUAACAGCACCGUGUCUGGCGGAAACAGCUCUCACAACACCAGUGAGAAGCAAUAAUGAAGAAGAAGGAGAAAAAGAAGAAAAGGAAGAGAAGAGGAAUAUGAAAGAGAAUACAUCGGCUCUUGUUCGGAAUCUGCGUGCCUUUGAGGAGCUCUUGGUUGCUGUGGGUCCUUUUUUGAAUCCAUCUAUUAUGCAGCGGGCGGCUCUGCGAUUUGCACAGGAAGUUGUGAUUAGCGGCAUUUUGGAUGCCCCCAUUCCACACACCCCAGCGACUGGAUCUUCCUCCUUUGAUACUUCUUCUGCAGCUCAUGCUAACAAGAAUAAGAAGAAGCAUAAUAAUAAUAAUAAUAAUAAUAAUAAUAAUAAUAAUAAUAAUAAUAAUAACAGUCAAUUUCACCUCCAAGACGAAGAAGGAAAAGAACAACAACAACAGCAGCAGCAAAAGGAAGGAAAAGAUUUGGUGGGAAUUGCACCAUCUCUACAGUCUCCUUGUAUUGAUAUAUUGACAACUUUUCUGCUCUUGUGUCGACCACUGCCAAGUGUUGUUUCGGCCUGUGCAGUGCGGGUGGUGAAGGAAAUGCCAGGAAGGGGAUUUACAUUACAGUCCCAGCAUCCAUCUCAACAACAACAACAACUUGUACUACUUCGUUCUAUCAAUCAACUCUCUGUAACGUUAACAGCCCUUAGACACCCGCACGCCGUGCCUUUCUAUCUUCCUCCUGUAGAUGUUGUGGAAAGGGCAACACGGCGAGUUGUACAGGAAGAAAUAGUAGUCGUUACUGAAACCCCCAUGAACGGAAAUCAUCUCAUGGAUCAACCAACAGUACAACAACCACAAGAAGAAGAAAAACAAGAAGAAGAAGAGGCAAAAGAAAAGGUAGAUCAGUUGAAGCCUAAAGAGAGUAAGGCUCCUGUGGAUAUAACCUCCCACAAUCUCCCAUCUAUGCCUUCUCGUCUUGUUUCUUCUCCUUCAACUGUGGAAACGGUUCAUCAGCAGAGAGAAACGCAAAGGAAAGAGAAGGAAAUCUCCGUUCCAGUGAAGCCAGUACCUCCAUCUACAAUGUCUGACAAUGAGGAGGAUGAAGAAGACAUUCCUGAUAUCGAUAUGGAAGAUUAA